AUGGAUCGCAUAGAGUCCGUCGAGGACCACAACGCUCCUAACGGGAAUCCUGAGAGGACCCAACCCACAAGGCAGCCCACAGACCCUGGUCCAAGUAGGCCGACUCCUCCUUUACGCAGUCGACGGCCGAGUAUUCGCCUAUCUCGCUUCCCGUCUAUCCCCUCGUUAGACAACGUCAAUCAGCCGGUGGUGCGGCAUGAGGGUCCACCACUACCUUCCUUUGAGCGGCAACCUAUUCGAUCGCCUCCUCCCAACGAAGAGGAUGAAGCAUGGUUGGCAGGUCGACGGCGCAGCAGCUCGGACCCGGGUCGAUUGUCAUCUCCCCCUCCGGACGUCCUCUCACGCGUGGCAACUCCAAUGCGAAUGGGGGCUUUGACCGAAGAGCCUUCACAUGAGAGUCCGGCAUCAGUUUCUUCGGCAGCAAUACUACCUCCACAAGAGACUGAACCAAAUUAUGAACAAUCUGGACCACAACAAAAUGAGGUCUCUCCCGCACUAGCGCGACCGCCGGGUCGUCUUCGGCGAACCAGUCAAGCUGCGUUGAAUCGAUUUAGCCGCAAUCGCGCAUCAACUGUGACAGGAGCUGCGCCAACUUUAAGCCCACAAGAUGACCAACGCCAGGAUGAGUAUGGAACUCACGUAGUCGACGUGCUGGACGUGAUCGACCCCGAGGUAUCUGCGCUUUCCACUCUUACCAAUGUCCAAAACUCUCUCUUCGUGCCGAAUCUGGGUGGCUUCAUCAACCGCAUGCCCACAUAUACAAUCACGCGACCACAAUAUUCUUCUUCGGAUGAAGAACAGGACACUACAACAGACGAUGGGGAACCGCCUGAAAAGGACCAGGUCAAGGACCGGCCGACCUUGGAACAAGUCCGCAGGUUCACGAGCAUGUCCGAUGUGUUGCGCGGUCCCAAGUAUGCCGUUCUCCCAGAAGGGCAUGCACUCGAGGGAUGGUCGAAAGAAGACUUUGCCGAACUUAAUGAUCAUGUUCGACACAUGCUUCACUCUCGGCGGUCCAAGUUCAAACGGGCUAUGAAAGGAUUCAGGCAAUACGUCCGGAAGCCUCUCGGAUUUCUUGUCACUCUAUAUGCUACUUUGAUCACAUUGUUCGGUCUGGCCUGGGUGCUUUUCUUGAUUGGUUGGAUCAAUGUAGGCGGAAAACAAAGUUAUGUUGUCAACAUCAUCGAUAACAUUUUGGUCGCCCUGUUUGCCAUCAUGGGUGAUGGAUUAGCCCCUUUUCGUGCCGUCGAUACAUAUCACAUGAGUUUCAUUGCACAUUAUACGUUUCUCUCGUGGAAACUUCGUCGCAAGCGCGACCUUCCAGGCCUCAAGGAUAAAAACGACCUUCCAUCGAUGCCAGAGAAGGAUGUUGACCUUGAAAUUGGCACUGAGGCCGAAAAGGCCGAACACGAAUUUUCUGUGCUCGAUGCCCGUCAACAAUUGAGAUUGAUGCACCAUCAAACGAAGUUUGCAAAGUCGCAUACUUUCUACAAGCCGCACGAAACCAUGACCCACCAUGCCUUCCCUCUCCGUUUGCUUAUCGUAAUCGUCGUCCUCCUCGACUGUCAUUCCCUGCUCCAGAUGGCUCUUGGUGCCUGUACCUGGAGUAUGGAGGAUCCCGACAGGCGACCGUUCGCCUUAACCACAGUCAUCCUUUGCUGCUCUCUGACCUGCAAUAUCACGGGUGGUGUGCUGAUCAUGGUUGGUGAUCGGCGGACGCGAAAGAAGGAUGUUGUUGAGCGGAUUUUCCGCCAAGAGCUGACGCAAGAAGCUAUGAAGAAGAUGGAAAAGAAGAAGAUCAAAGAAGAGCGCCGCAGUAUUCAGAUCGAACGUCGCAGUGCGCAAAUUGAGCGGUCAAGUGCCCAAAUCGAGCGCCCCAGCUCUCAAAUCGAUCGAUCAGAGCUGCAAAAUAGCACCUGA